CUCUCUAUCCUCAGUGUCCUAUUUCUGUGCCGGUCCACUCUAUAUAUCCAUUCUUCAUAUACGAGCUGCGCUCAUUCAAAUCAACGUACAAAGUUUAAUCAUUCAUUCAAGUCAAUACCGCCAACAUGCGCUUCUCCGUCGCCCUCACUACUUUAGUCGCUGCCGCCAUGGCCGCACCUCUCGAUACCCUUGCUGCCCGUGCGGACGAGCUCAACGCCGCCAUCCAGGCUCUCGCCGCUGAGAACCCUGAGGAUGCCGAGGCCGCCAAGGGCCUCCUGGGCCGUGACAUCAACCCCAAUGUUCAGCUCACAAACGAUGACGAGCAAGAGGAAGUCUUUAAGCGCGGGGACGAUCUCAACGCCGCUAUUCAGGCUCUCGCUGCUGAGAACCCUGAGGAUGCCGAGGCCGCCAAGGGUCUUCUGGGCCGCGAUAUCAACCCUAGCGUCCAGCUCACCAACGACGAUGAGCAGGAGGAGGUUUUCAAGCGCGAUAUUGACCCCAACGUCCAACUUACCAACGAUGAUGAGCAGGAGGAGGUCUUCUAAAUACAAGUAGCCAUUAGGUUAGCUUGAAACCGAAUACUCUUUCGGCUUAAAUCAGUACACCGGAAACUGAAAGCGAAAAUACCUCUUAUUUUUGAUUGCUGAAUAGAAGUCCAAUUAACCCAGUGG